AUGCGGAAGCACUGCUGCAAAGAUGGAAAUCAAGGGCCCGGCCUGAAAGUCAUCAGCACCUUGUCCGUGGGGUUUGACCACCUCUCCCUGGAGGAAAUCAAGAAGCGAGGGAUCCGUGUGGGGUACACCCCUGAUGUCCUGACCGAUGCCACCGCAGAACUCUCUGUAGCUUUGCUUCUGGCUGCGUGCCGCCGGCUGCCGGAGGCAGUGGAGCAGGUAAAGAACGGUGGCUGGACAACAUGGAAGCCCUUAUGGAUGUGUGGCUAUGGUCUGUCUGAUAGUACGGUGGGCAUCAUAGGUCUGGGGAGAAUAGGACAGGCGGUUGCCCGCCGCCUGAAGCCGUUUGGGGUCAAGAGGUUUUUGUAUACUGGCAGUCGCCCAAAACCAGAGAGUGCUGCAGAGUUUGAAGCUGAGUUUGUCCCACUCACGAGGCUGGCCGAGGAGUCGGACUUCAUUGUGGUGACAUGUGCUUUGACUCCAGCCACCGAGGGAAUGUGCAACAAGGAGUUCUUCGGCAGAAUGAAGAAGACCUCUGUGUUCAUCAACACGAGCAGGGGGGCCGUGGUGAACCAGGAGGACCUGUACAAUGCGCUGGCCCAUGGCCAGAUCGCAGCGGCUGGCCUGGACGUCACGACGCCGGAGCCACUGCCCACUGACCACCCCCUGCUCUCCCUCAAGAACUGCGUGAUUCUGCCACACAUCGGGAGUGCCACAUAUGCCACGAGGAGCACCAUGGCGGUGCUGGCGGCCAACAACCUGCUGGCUGGGCUGCGAGGGGAGCCCAUGCCCCAUGAGCUGCUGCUGUGA